UAAUUUGAGGGGAGACACUCACAACUCUCUUCAAUGAAGAGUUAACUCUUUUCUUGUUCUGUUGCAGACAACAGAUAGCAGAUAAUCACAGCAACAUUCGGAUAUCAUAGUUUGUUCCACUUCACUGCAACUUCGACAACACCAAUGAAUCUGUCAAGUUGAAUUCAAACUCUUUCUGUUUCAUUCAAAUAUGAUGAAUUCUCAACUUGCAAACACCAUCGAUUUCAUUCAACUCCCUAAACCCUUGUUCCCUCCUAAACCCCUCUUCCCCCAAUUUCUCCAUUCUCCACCUCGCUCCACUCGUCUUCUCCGAACUAGAUUCCGACACAAGGCUCAAUGCAAACUCACAGCUACUGCUUCCACUUCUACUUCUGUUUCUCCCAGCGAAGAAGAACAAGAACAAGAGGACGAUGAGUCUGUUCAGCUUUUCGAGAAACUGAAGGAGGCUGAGAGGAAGCGGGUAAAUGAGUUGGAGGAACUUGACAAGAAGGCUAAUGUGCAGUUGGAGAGGCAGCUUGUGAUGGCUUCCUCAUGGAGUAGGGCUUUGUUGACCUUGCGCGGAAAACUGAAGGGAAGUGAAUGGGAUCCUGAAAAUUCACACAGGAUUCACUUCAGUGAUUUUUUGAAACUUCUUGACUCAAAUAAUGUCCAAUUUAUGGAGUACUCUAAUUAUGGUCAAACAAUAUCAGUCAUUUUACCAUAUUACAAAAAUGGGAAACCAUCAGGCACUGAAGGGAAUCCUAAGGAUAUUAUUUUUCGGCGUCAUCCGGUUGAUCGAAUGCCAAUUGAUUCUUGGAAUGAUGUAUGGAGAAAGCUACAUCAGCAAAUUGUAAACGUUGAUGUCAUUAAUGUGGAUGCUGUACCUGCUGAAGUAUACUCAUCUGUUGCAACUGCAGUCAUAUGGUCUAUGCGUCUUGCCCUUGCUGUUGGAUUUUAUGUGUGGAUUGAUAAUUUGAUGAGACCGAUAUAUGCAAAGUUGAUACCUUGUGAUCUGGGUCCUCCAAGCCCACCAACUAAGCAGCCAGUCUUAAGUCGUUCACUUGGAUCUCUAGGCAAGAGUCGGGCUAAAUUUAUAUCUGCUGAAGAAAGAACUGGUGUUACAUUUGAUGAUUUUGCUGGCCAGGAAUACAUAAAGCGGGAACUACAAGAGAUUGUCCGAAUUUUAAAGAAUGAAGACGAGUUUCAAGACACAGGAAUUUAUUGUCCUAAAGGGGUACUUCUUCAUGGGCCUCCUGGAACUGGUAAAACUUUACUGGCUAAAGCCAUUGCAGGUGAAGCAGGGUUACCUUUUUUUGCAGCUAGUGGCACAGAUUUUGUAGAGAUGUUUGUAGGGGUUGCUGCGUCCCGUGUUAAAGACCUUUUUGGGAGUGCAAGAUCAUUUGCACCUUCUAUAAUCUUUAUUGAUGAGAUAGAUGCCAUUGGUAGCAAGCGUGGAGGACCUGAUAUUGGUGGAGGAGGUGCUGAAAGGGAACAAGGAUUACUUCAGAUACUGACUGAGAUGGAUGGAUUCAAAGUUUCUACAGCACAGGUGCUCGUGAUAGGUGCUACAAAUAGAUUGGAUAUUCUUGAUCCUGCUCUAUUGAGGAAGGGUCGUUUUGACAAGAUUAUCAGAGUUGGUUUGCCAUCAAAAGAUGGAAGAUUUGCCAUUUUGAAGGUGCAUGCUAGGAAUAAAUUUUUUCGCUCAGAGGAGGAAAAAGAGAUUCUACUUAAGGAAAUUGCUGAGCUUACAGAAGAUUUUACUGGGGCCGAGCUGCAAAAUAUACUGAAUGAAGCUGGAAUUUUGACAGCCAGGAAGGAUUUGGACUACAUUGGGAGAGAUGAGCUGCUUGAGGCAUUAAAGAGGCAAAAGGGAACAUUUGAAACGGGGCAAGAGGAUAGUACAGAAAUUCCUGAAGAAUUGAAACUGAGAUUGGCAUACAGAGAAGCAGCUGUUGCUGUUCUUGCAUGUUAUUUUCCUGAACCCCACCGCCCUUUUGUUGAGACUGAUAUAAAUUCUAUCCGCAGCCAGCCAAAUAUGCGUUAUACUGAAAUUUCUGGUCAGGUUUUUGCAAGGAAAUCAGAUUACGUAAACUCUAUAGUUCGUGCUUGUGCUCCUAGAGUAAUCGAGGAGGAGAUGUUCGGGAUUGACAACUUGUGUUGGAUAUCUGCAAAGGCAACAUUAGAAGCUUCAAGGCGUGCUGAAUUUUUAAUUCUGCAGACAGGAAUGACUGCAUUUGGGAAAGCCUUUUACAAAAACCAAAGUGAUCUUGUGCCUAAUCUUGCAAUGAAGCUUGAAGCACUCCGAGAUGAGUAUAUGCGUUAUGCUACAGGGAAGUGUUCAUCUGUACUAAACGAGUACCAUUCAGCAGUAGAGACAAUCACAGAUAUUUUGCUUGAAAAGGGGCACAUUAAAGCUGAUGAGAUCUGGGACAUUUAUAAAAGUGCUCCUCGUGUCGCGCAGCCUUCUGUGAGUCCAGUGGAUGAGUAUGGAGCACUGAUUUAUGCUGGACGAUGGGGAAUCCAUGGUAUCAGUCUUCCUGGAAGAGUUACAUUUAGACCAGGCAAUGCUGGAUUUUCAACAUUUGGUGCACCACGCCCUACAGAGACACAAAUUGUUAGUGAUGAAACUUGGAAACUAGUAGAUGAUAUCUGGGAUAAAAAGGUUCAAGAUAUGAAGGAUGAAGCAUCAAAGGAGAUUGAAGAAGAGAAAGAUAAACCACAACUUUUGAUGGCCAGCCAUUUCCUUUGAAGGAACUUAUAUUUGACCGACAGGUCCAUUCAUUGGGGAGGAAAGAAUGGAAAACCAGUAGGUUAUGUCACAAAAAUGGCAACAAUGUCACCUCUAUGUGGAAUUUAUGGGUGAACUUGGUUACUCCUGCUUUUUCUCCUCUGAUCUAAUGUUGUAAAAUUGUACACUGCCCUUUUUUUCUGGCAAGCUGCUCCAUCAGGAUGAAAUCCUGCAGUUGGAGUGUGUAAUACUGUUAUCCAAAUGAAGAUUGAUCCUCUCUUGAACAAUCUAGCUGAAGGGACUUGCCUACCUCAUUCAAUUUUGUCAGAGACCUUUUUGCCACAAAGGGAGCAUGGGAGUUUUAGUCUGAGCUGUUGAGUAAAUGAGAUGCAUUAGUACACUUACUGUAAAUUAUAGGGAUAAGUUAUUGAGGCAAUUGUAAAUUAUCAAUUGUCUUCCAUUGUUUCUAUAUAGAUGUUACAUGUUACUUUGUAAUCUUAGUUUUUAAACACUGACUGAAUUAACAUUUUCACUCAGAAAAAUGGUGAAUCAGUUAGAUAUUUGCUCUGUUCAAUUUUGAAAAUAAUAUUGAUGGUUUUGUUAUA